GUUCACGGAAGGUCACUGUUGGGAGAUCUGCUGCAUGUGCACGUGUGCGCGCUCGUGCUGCAACACGCUGAGAUGCAAACACACUUUCGCCCGUAACAGGGUUGUAAGGUAGCCAAAGGGCGCAUCGGACGUCAAUCUACAUCUAGUAGGAAAUAUUUACCUUCUGAGCGUCUUCCUUCGGCGCGGAAGUUGUCACCGCUGGACACCGGACCACUAUCACCGGACCACUAGCACUCCCUUUUACCUACGUAUACCCGCUAUCAACAAUGGAUUUAUAGGCUGUGUUAUAACUGGUUGUGCAGCUUUCUUGUAAAGUAGUUUCAUUAACAAUCUAGCUCGCCAUUGAGCAGAGUGACAAGCACAUGGAGCAGGGCGGAAGGGGAUUGUGAAAAUGCUGUGGAUUUAGUUUAUCCCGUUGCGCGAAGUCACCAGGGCAGCGCCCAUGGGCAAGCUUAGGGACCUUGCAGCAUGCUUCUUGCCGUCAACGGUAGCACGUCCUCGGGGAUCAGCUGUUCAACGACUGCCAAAUCCAGCUUCUGCGGUCGGCGAGUCCACAUUGAGCGUCGACGCUGGCGCUGACACAGAGUUGCGCUUGCAGCCGUGUGCUUCGAUAUCCGGGCAUCCAGAACUGCUGUCGCCUCUAGGCAACACCAACAGCAAGGAAGCUUCAGCAAGGGAAGGCGUAUCCAAGCUCGAUGCCGCACUCCGCACGAUGCCUAACGGUUCGUUCGGUUGGAACAUCCCUGAGCGGGCCGCGUCCGGUCUGCCUCCUGCAUCCACGUCCCGCCUGGUGGGCUCUGCUUCAGUGAGGUUUGCCGACUCCCCCACCGCAUCAUUACCCUCCACACCGCGCCGCGGCAACAGCAGGGGCGAGCGGGAGUGCAGGCCCUCCCGGCUGCAGCAGCAGGGGGCGGCGGCUGUGCAGUCGGGCGCGGAUGAGGGCUCGGCGGGGGACAGCUCCAACCUGCGGAGCCUGAGGAGCGGCGGCUCGCUGGGGGAGCAGCCGGGCAGCCGCGCAGGCAGCAAGUCCCGUGGUGUAUCGUACCUUGCCGCCCAACUGGCCGCACGCGGGGUGCACUACCGGGCUGAGCUGGAGCGCCUUAUGGCUGCUGCGGCUGCUGGUGGUGGGGCGGAUCGGGCGGCGGCGGCGGCGGUUGCGGUUGCGGCAGAGUCAGCUGGGGCGGCAGCCGGGAGCGGUGGGCCCACUGGGGCCAGAUCUGGGGUGGCGGCCGAGGUGUCCGGCGGGUGCCGCGGGGGUUGUGUGCUGCUGCCGCUGUCGGGUCUGCAGGAGC